AUGGUUCUUGAUCAAUACGAAUACAAAGUCGAACGUCAAACUACCCCAACAAAUAUGUGCUGGUGUUGCGUAUCCAAAGAAAAAAGCAAAUGCAAAGCCCGCAUAGUGACUUUCCAUAAUCAUGUGGUUAUUAAACGUAGCGAUCAUAAUCACGAACCGACUUUCAAAGGCGAAUGUCCUAUGGAAUCGAGAAAGGUUCAUAUUUCCUAUGGGAAACCUAGGAAAACUAGGACGAAGAGGUCAAACAGUCAUGAAUCCGAUGUAGAAGACAUCGAAUGA